AUGGUUAGGGCGCUUAUGUGUCUUGAGCUUAUAUUAAAUGCUGUAAAUCUCAAUUUUGUAACAUUUUCUGAUUUUUUUGAUAGUCGUCAAUUAAAAGGAGCCAUUUUCUCCAUUUUUGUUAUAGCUAUUGCAGCUGCUGAAGCUGCUAUUGGACUCGCUAUUGUUUCAUCAAUUUAUCGUAACAGAAAAUCAACUCAUCCAAUGUCGCAUUCAGUAAAGAUUUAUGAUACAUGUAUCGGGUGUACUCAAUGUGUCCGAGCCUGUCCCACGGAUGUAUUAGAAAUGAUACCCUGGGAUGGAUGUAAAGCCAAACAAAUAGCAUCUGCUCCAAGAACGGAGGAUUGUCUUAUUAAUACGUUACAGAAACCCGAGUCCAUUUUUUUUUUACCGCCAAAACCAGUGCCAAAAAUAUUUUAUUUUUUGGCACUGGUUUUUUUGGUCCAAGCGUAUCUUGUCUUUACCACGAACAAAUUUCCUUGGUUAACAAUAAUUGUAGUCUUACCAAUAUUUGCGGGUUCCUUAAUUUUCUUUCUUCCCCAUAAAGGAAAUAGGGUAAUUAGGUGGUAUACUAUAUGUAUAUGCAUGUUAGAACUUCUUCUAACAACCUAUGCAUUCUGUUAUCAUUUCCAAUUGGACGAUCCAUUAAUCCAACUAGUAGACGACUAUAAAUGGAUCAGUUUUUUUGAUUUCCGUUGGAAAUUAGGAAUAGAUGGACUGUCUAUAGGCCCCGUUUUAUUAACAGGAUUUAUCACUACUUUAGCUACCUUAGCGGCCUGGCCUAUUACUCGGGAUUCUCGAUUAUUCCAUUUCUUGAUGUUAGCAAUGUACAGUGGUCAAAUAGGAUCAUUUUCUUCUCGGGACCUUUUACUUUUUUUCAUCAUGUGGGAAUUAGAAUUAAUUCCGGUCUAUCUACUUUUAGCCAUGUGGGGAGGGAAGAAACGUCUCUAUUCAGCCACAAAAUUUAUUUUGUACACGGCGGGGGGCUCCAUUUUUCUCUUAAUGGGAGUUCUGGGUAUCGGUUUAUAUGGUUCUAAUGAGCCAACAUUAAAUUUUGAAACAUCAGUUAAUCAAUCGUAUCCUGUGGCUUUGGAAAUAAUAUUCUAUAUUGGAUUUUUUAUUGCUUUUGCUGUCAAAUCACCGAUUCUACCGCUACAUACAUGGUUACCAGAUACCCACGGAGAGGCGCAUUACAGUACUUGUAUGCUUCUAGCCGGAAUUUUAUUAAAAAUGGGAGCGUAUGGAUUGAUUCGGAUUAAUAUGGAAUUAUUACCACACGCUCAUUCUAUAUUUUCUCCUUGGUUGAUGAUAGUAGGCACACUACAAAUAAUCUAUGCAGCUUCAACAUCUCCCGGCCAGCGUAAUUUAAAAAAAAGAAUAGCCUAUUCCUCCGUAUCUCAUAUGGGUUUCAUACUUAUAGGAAUUGCUUCUAUAACCGAUACGGGACUCAAUGGAGCUAUAUUACAAAUAAUAUCUCAUGGCUUUAUUGGUGCUGCACUUUUUUUCUUGGCAGGAACGAGUUAUGAUAGAAUACGCCUUGUUUAUCUCGACGAAAUGGGCGGAGUAGGUAUCCCCAUGCCAAAAAUAUUUACGAUGUUCAGUAGCUUUUCCAUGGCUUCCCUUGCAUUACCGGGUAUGAGUGGUUUUGUUGCAGAAGUUAUAAUCUUUUUAGGACUAAUUACAAGCCAAAAAUAUCUUUUAAUGCCCAAAAUAGCUAUCACUUUUGUAAUGGCAAUUGGAAUGAUAUUAACUCCUAUUUAUUUAUUAUCUAUGUCACGGCAGAUGUUCUAUGGAUACAAAUUAUUUAAUACUCCAAACUCUUUUGUUUUUGAUUCUGGACCGCGCGAGUUAUUUGUUUCCAUCUCCAUUUUUCUACCUGUAAUAGGUAUUGGUAUGUAUCCCGAUUUUGUUCUUUCGCUAUCAGUUGACAAGGUUGAAGGUAUUUUAUCUAAUUAUUUUUAUAGAUAGUUUUCUUAAAGUUUCUUAAAGAAAAAACUCCUAUGAUUUUUAAGAGUCGGUUGGAUAAUGAAAAAAAAGAAGGAUUUUUAUU